AGAGACUCGCAUACCAAGUUGGACUUCCAAGAGUUUCAUCCUUCAUCUAAAUUUACUUCUAGAGAACUCUGUUUCUAACUUUCUAUAUGGCUCCGGCACCUAUUUCUCCAAUCAACGUAGGGCACAUUGAUGAUGUGCAAGAACUCAGAAAGUUAAAGCCUAACAUGAUUCCUGAGAGAUUUAUAAGGGAAAUACAAGAGAGGCCAACCCCAACAACAUCUCUCCUCUCAUCCUCUGACAUACCCACUAUUGAUUUGUCCAAGCUUAUGAAAGGAGACACAGAUGAAAUUUUGCAGCUAGCCUCUGCCUGCGAGGAAUGGGGAUUUUUCCAGGUAAUCAAUCAUGGGGUUGCUCUGAACCUACUAGAAAGCAUAGAGUGGGAGGCAAUGGAAUUCUUCAGGCAACCCUUGGAAGAGAAACAGAAGUACCCAAUGGCUCCGGGCACGGUUCAAGGAUAUGGACAAGCUUUUAUAUUCUCAGAGCACCAAAAGCUGGACUGGUGUAACAUGUUUGCUCUAGGGGUUAUACCGGACUCUAUCAGGGUUCCUUCAUUAUGGCCAAAGAAGCCAGCAAACUUCAGCAAUACUGUGGAGAUUUACUCAAAAGAAGUAAGAAAACUAUGCCAGAAUCUAUUGAAGUACAUAGCUUUAGGCCUUGGCCAAAAAGAGGACACAUUCGAAAAGGCGUUUGGGGUGGCCGUACAGGCAAUAAGGAUGAAUUACUAUCCACCAUGCCCAAGACCCGAUCUUGUUUUGGGGCUGAGCCCACACUCCGAUGGAAGCGCUUUAACUGUUUUGCAGCAAGGAAAGGGCAGCUCAGUAGGGCUCCAGAUCCUUAAGGACAACAAGUGGGUUCCUGUUCAGCCCAUCCCAGAUGCACUCGUAAUCAACGUUGGCGAUACAAUGGAAGUUGUUACAAAUGGCAGGUACAAAAGCGUGGAGCACAGGGCUGUGACUCACAAGCAAACUGACCGACUUUCAAUCGCCACAUUCUAUGCUCCUAGCUAUGACAUAGAGCUUGGACCAAUGCCAGAAUUUGUGGACAAGAACAACCCAUGCAAGUAUAGAAGAUAUAAUCAUGGAGAAUAUAGUAAGCACUAUGUCACAAACAAGUUACAGGGAAAAAAAACCCUCGAUUUCGCCAAGCUUCCAACCAAAAACUCCUAAAGUACCCACUAACUUUCCCACCUUGGGAUACAAAUGCUAGACAUUGUAUAGAAUUUCAUAUAUGUCUGUAUUAUGCUGGUAUUAUGAAAUAUUAUGAAAGGAAUAUCAAUUUGAAUGAAGAUAGGUGCUAAUCAAUCAACACUCAAGUAUGGUUCUUUUUC